CAUCUGUCAUUCACAAUCAAAACAAAUGCGCGAUUUCGAUUGCGAUAAUAAGCUCAACAACAAGAGGUACACGAUUUCCUAUGCUGUGAAAAAGACUUUCUGGGCGUUCAAAAGUGCAGUUCGUGUGUGGGUGGUUAAUGCACUGUCCUUGAUUGUGUACUGCAAUGUUUGGUUUCAGCAAACCAACGCCACCGAAGCGUGAGCGAAAGCGAGAUCCUGCCGAGUUUGGCAUAUUCGGACUAUCGAACGACAUUCCAGGACUCGACGAUGAAGCAGACGAUGCGAGCGAUGCAGAUGACGAUGCACUGGAAGCGGAACUGGCUGCAAUUACGGCGGGGUUGGCUGGUGUACGAAAGGCAAAACCAAAACCCAAAGCGAAAGGAAUUGUGGCACCACAGGAGCUGGAUGCAAUGGUAGCGGCCAGUUUGCGAGACGUUGGAAGCGACGACGAUGCAUCCGAUGGUGAUGACGAUGACUCAGACCUGCUGGACGAACUGUCCGCAAUUACGGGUGGUGCUGUUGCAGACGAAGACGAUGGUUUGAACGAGGAUGUUGCUGAAGCAAAACCCAAACCAGCAGCACCACCGAGGAAAAGCGCAUCGAAUGGAGACUUGGUUGCAUUGCUUAAGUCACGUGUCGCGAUGUACACACAGGCCGAAGAAGGUGCGAAGAGGGCGGGCGAUUCUGGAAAAGCGAGAAGAUUUAAUCGAGGGCUUAAAACGCUCAAAGACCAGUUGAAAUUAGCCGAAGCUGGCAAACCAGUCGAUGAAAGCGUUAUUCCACCGGAAGUGAGCGUAAAACUGGCCGCUCCGCCAAAGGAUCCAACGGAUGAUAUAGCGAAACCUAGCACUGCACCUGUUCGUCCUGCUCCGCCGCCUCCCUCAGCAGCACUAACUUCAUCCUCCCCCGACGAACCAGGACCUUCCCGAUCGGCACCACCACCAGUGCCACCAAGGCGGGAAGCAAAACCACCACCGACGCCGGCCCCGGUACUGCAAGACACGGUUGCAAAGGAAAACCCCAAGCUGAUACUGCUUAACGAGCGAAAGCAACUCUACAAACAGGCUGCACUAAGUGCGAAAAAAGCAGGAAACAAUGAACAAGCGAUGGCGUACGUGAAGGUUCUAAAACAGUUCGAUGUGGUAAUUCGUGCGAUGGAGAACGGUGAGGAGGUAGACCUUAGUCGAAUGCCACCACCACCGAGCGAGCUUAAUACGUCGCAAGCCAGCCGCCCAGCAGUGCCUUCCGCGAAACAGGAAGAAAAGGUACAGAAAGAGGCGGACGUGCCUUCCCGGCCAGUUUCAGCCCCUUCUGCGGAACAGCCCGCAGAAGAAGCGGAGGAAGAAGAGGAAAAUUUAAUACAAGCUACCACUGUGCUGGAAGCACUCGAGCAGCGAUUGGAAAAGUAUAAAGCAGUCGAACAGGCCGCCAAAGACGAGGGCAACGGUUCGAAAGCUCGGCGCAUGGGACGAAUCGUGAAGCAGUACCAAGAUGCGAUAAAGAUGCAUAAGGCCGGGAAGCCGAUUCCGAUCGAUGAACUACCGACACCGCCAGGCUAUGGACCGAUCCCGGUCGAUGGACCUCCAAAGCCACCGGCACCAACCAAAAAGCCUACCCCUCCGGUACCGUCGAAACCUCAAGCCACUUCACCGCUCGUACCGUCCGCAGAGCCAGUCCCGGGGACGAGCAAGAGCUCUCCAAAACCCGUCACACAGUUCGACAAACAGUUAAACCUUCUGCUGGAACGGCACCGCGAAUACAAACAGGCGGCUAUUGAAGCGAAAAAGGCCGGUGACCUCGACGAAGCGAAGGAAUGUUUACGGGUGUUCAAGGGGCUGGAAAAGCUGAUAGAGGUGGCCCGCGCUGGUGGAAGGGUCGACCUAACCACGGUGCCUAUUGCUCCCUCGAAACGGAACGCGCUGGAAGCUUCCUUUACCAUCGUAAACUCGGAGGACUGUGAUCAGACGGGUGAGGGCCAUGAGCAGCCCGCGCUAGACGAGGGCAUCGAUGGGGAGACGCGCAUACGGCUGGAAGAGCAACUGUCGAAGCAGUUAAUUAUCUGCCGAAACACGCGCGACCAUCACCGGGCGAUGGGAGACAUUGGGGGUAUGAACAAGUUCGAAAAUCUCGCGCUCAACGUACAGAAGGAUCUCGAUCUCGUGCGGUUGGGCCAUCGGCAGGGCUUGCCGCUGCCCAAGUUCCACUACGAAAAGCUGCAGUUUAAUGUGGUGAAAUGCAACACGGAUCUGUCGGAUAAUGAAAUUGAAAUAUGCGUGGUGCGGGGCAUCAAUUACAAUGUGCCGAAUCCGAAGGAUGUGGAUACUUACGUGAAGUUCGAGUUUCCCUAUCCGCAGGAAGAUCCACUGAAAGGAAGGACGAACCUUGUGAAGGACACCCACAGUCCGGAGUAUAAUUAUCAGCAAACGCUCGAAAUACAGCGCAGCCAGCGGAACUGUCAGCGCGUGUUCAAGCGCCAUGCACUGAAAUGUGAAGUCUACUCCAAAGGCCGCUGCUGUCACGGUGCAUCAACUGGACUUUUCUCCUGUUUCAGUGGUUUCCUUCGCUCGGACGUGCUGAUCGGCACGGUGACGGUAAAGCUGCAGCCGCUGGAGACGCAGAUCGAAAUCCACGAUUCAUUUCCGCUAAUGGAUGGAAGGCGCACGGUCGGUGGCAAGCUCGAGGUCAAACUGCGUGUCCGUAAUCCCAUCCUGACGAAGCAAAUCGAGCAGAUUAACGAACGUUGGGUGGUGCUCGAUUCAUAGACACACUUCCGGGACGACGCAAACGACUUCCGUUCGGGGUUUGCCGGCUGAACAUGGAUUGCCGAACUGAAUUACCCAAGCUAUUUGCAGUGCGUACUUGUCGCGUCGGUGUGCAUGUCCGAACGGUCCGACAGAGAGAGAGAGAGAGAGAACAGGUAUCAAAAUGCAACAACGAAACGUUUUGCGCGACGGAUGGUGCGAAAUGUAGUUGAAUAAAUUAAACGCGUGCUACGGGCGCUGUGUUCUGGUACGGUUCGGGCAAACAGUUUCGGUCUACGCUAGAAUGUGAUAUUAAGGGAUGUCCGCAGCACAGGGUCAAAACGGUAUCGGGUCGGUAGCAAUUGGAUGAACACGACCACCCCAACCAACGCUUCCCAGCGCAUCUCGUCAGGUCCCGUGGGGAAUUGGCGGAGCACAGCAUAAAGUCUACCCACUUCCCUAAUUUGAUAUUGUACGAUGGUGUCGCCCCCGUACAGAAGACAAUGAAACGAACACGCUUACACGGUUAUCUUGUUGUUAGGUAUGGAAUAAACUUCAAAGAAGAGAAGCGGUCCAGCAACUUGAAGGAAACGUAACGCUGCGGGUCGAAAAUGGAGUUUGGGAAUACUUUCGCCUUUUGGUAACAUAUAAUUAGAAAAAAAAAAAUAUCAUUUACGCUUCAUUUUGGUUCUGGUUCGAGUGAGAAUAAUAAAUUAAACCUAACCCACGCUGCAGAACGGUCAGUAAAACUGUUCGUCUUUAUAUAUUUAUCGGUUCAGUUCGUUUGCGCGACUGUGCAAACUGAGUGUAAACAGUGUUUUCCCCGUCCCCAAACAAAUCUGUAGCAUGAAAAAGUUCAAUAGAAAAAAUGUGAUUCAGUAGCAA